AUGCCAAGAUGGCUAGCGACUACGAGAGGUAUAAAGCGAGGGGUGGAGGCGAAGGGUGCGUCCCAGAAACUUUCCUUGUGCCUGCCGCUCACGUCCGCCAUGCAGUUUUUGCACAUUAUUGCUGCCUUCGCUGUUUCCGCCGUUGCGGUGGCGAGCCCGCUUUCUGCGAGGGAUGCCAAAGCCGCGCUCGCCGCCCUCAAUGGUGGGAUCGCCACUCUCAAUUCCCAGGUUGAAUCGAUCGGCCCAAAAUCGACCCUCGCUGACCUGCUGAAAGUCGGCACCGACUCGUCCAUCGUCCAAAACCAGCUCAAGACGACCACCGACUCGUUCACGGGGACCUUCAGCCCUGCCGACUGCACUAGCCUUUACAACAGCGCCACGGGCCUCUCCGGCGCGAAGGCCAAAACGGAGACAUCGCUCAAGGAUAUCCAGGCCAAAGCAGCGGAUAUCAUCAAAAUUGGCGGCCAGGUUAUCAAGUCGACCAUAGCCGACAGCAUCUUGUCGUUCCAGAAGAACACGAACGGACUCAAGGACGCGGCGGCCAAGACGUGCCCGAACAUUGCCGAUAAACUCAACGCCGACUCCAAAGAGCUCAACCCCAUCUUCGACGCUGCGCGUGCCGCAUUCGCGUAA